AUGGCAACAUCAAUGAUCGCUAGAGAGUUUGGAGGUAUCCCAAACAAGGCCGCACCUAUGAGGGAGGAUCUCCAACAAGCACCUUUGAAGAGUUUCAAGAUGGACGAGGAUGACCUUUUGUUCAGUUUGAAGGACAUGUUCAGGUCAGACUUUAAGGAGUAUCCAUUGGAAAAAGAGGUGGAGAGACCCAACCGUUAUGACUUGUCUGAAGGUGCCAACCAGGAGCUUGACGAGCAAUUGAGGGGAGAGUACGAGAAGAAGUGCUCAGACAAGUCACGCCAGAGACUUAGAGGUGCCCAGUCCAAAUCCCAUCCUUUGGACGAUAACAAAUGGGCUGACACCAAGCAGAAGGAUAAGAAAGAGAAGAAGGACAAGAAGGAAAAGAAAGAAAAGAAGGACAAGAAGGAUAAGAAGGAUAAGAAGGACAAGAAGCAGAAGGACUCUGAGGAGAAGAUGGUACAAGAGGAUGCCUCCGACCUGAAGGAGCAUAGCAAGGACAAGAAGGACAAGAAGGACAAGAAGGACAAGAAGGACAAGAAGGACAAGAAAGACAAGAAAGACAAGAAGCACAAGGACUCUGAGGAGCAGAUGGCCCAAGAGGAUGUUUCUGACUUGAAUGAGCAUAACAAGGACAAGAAGGACAAGAAAGACAAGAAAGACAAGAAGGACAAGAAGGACAAGAAGGAUAAGAAGGAUAAGAAGGAUAAGAAGGAGAAGUUUAAUGAGGAUCCACACAAUUCUGUGCUACCAAUGGAGAAGUACACCAAUGAGAACCAGGAACACUUUAGAGUUGACACUUCAAGUCUUCCAAGUUACACAUGGACCUAUGAGCACGGUGUAGUUAGACCUGGAAUGUAA